UUAAACUUGCAUAUCACCGUUGACUGAAAAUUAUGUCUCGUGAUCAUUAUUUAUUUUAAAUGGAUGGCACUGUAUGGAUAUCUAUGAACUGAUUGUUGAAACUUCAACGUGGGCCUGUUGGACGAUGUGUGGCUCUGGCUGUAUUUACCAUGCCUUAUGCUUGCAAGGAAUCUACCCUUACCAUUUACAAGAUAAUUGCAAAAGAAAAUAAAUCUAUUUCAAAAACGAAUUUGAUAAAUCUCAUGCAAGGGAUCUCAAAUGAUAUUGUUAAACGAAGAACUUGAAAUAGCUGCCUAACUCCCUGUAGGCUUUACAUUUUAUGAGAGCUCCUACGUCUUGGGGUAUACACUUAUUAGUUUUGUUUGAUGAGCUCUUCUUAAUGAAGACUAAAGCAGUGUUGACGGAAUAUGGCCAUUUAUUCAUGAAAUGACGGAAUAGUGUUGACUACAACAUUUGCUAAAAUGUUCUAUAACAAUGUAAAGAGGAAAAUGAAUACCUAUGUAACAAGAAAUAUUUUCAAUGAACUGCAAGACAGCAUUCAGAGAUUUUGUAGAUUUCCUCAAAGAGAUUAUUGCGCUAAAUUCUGUGCCGCAUCUGGGACAGCCGUUCUUUUACCGACUGCCUUUUGGCUCCAGUUUACAGCUUUAGUGCUCGAUCAGUGGGCUAUCGAUGACAGGCCACAGGCAUUUUCUUCGUACACACACAACAGCACAUUAAUUGACCAAUCAUUUGGGUGUGUCAGUCAAGAAUACUGGGAUAUAGAAAGUGGAUGUUUAUGUGCCCUUGAGAUAUCUUCUGUUGUACUGAUGGGUUUGCUAAUGAUUGCUGGCUUUGGAGUCUGCUGUAGAACUUGCUGUCGCGGUAUAACUGUCGAGUCUUGUAAAGUUUGCUAUAUGUGUAUCCUAUCUCUGAUGAGUCUUAUACCAGGCAUUUUAAACUUGUGCUGUUCUUUUGUUACUGUCAAAGUCGUCUCCGAACACAAAGAAGGACAGUUUACGUUCGGAUUUUCUUUUUAUACGUACACAGUUAUUGGAGGUGCCACAUUAGUGAUUUCGCUUGCCUCUGUAUGUGGAUACAUAUGUGUAAAGACGUUUGAGCUAAGGGAAGAUUAUGAGACUCAGAUAGGCAGUGACGACGGCGAUCGUGAAGGAGCCUCUCUUCUGAGUACUAAUUAGGUGUAGGAAUAUACAGUAGACAUGCAACGCCAACUCUCAGCAGGGAUUACCUCCCCUAGCGCAACAUUAACUAUAGUGAGGGAGAUAACUGCAUAGGAGACUGCCAAAAGAAUGAAUAAUGGCUUAAAAGGUAUAAAGCGAAAUCAUGUGUUUAAAAUGCUACAAACAUAUCAUGCAUAAACAGCACUGUUUGAUAAACAAUUAUAUGUUAAUAUGUACAAAACUGAUGUAUUAACACAAUCGUACUCUCAAUUAGACUGUGUAGUGACUAACUGUUUUGAAUUGUUUCGUAAAUUCGAUUCUAACACAACCUGAUUCAUUUUCCCAUAAAACAAAAGCUGAAAAUUGUUUGUUAUUAUACAAACAAUGACGUCACGAUUAUUACAUCAUAGAGUCAAAUGGUAUAACGGUGCACUGGAAAAGAAACAACAGAAAACAGGCAAAUAUUUGAUGGAUAUCGUCAAAGAUGUUCUCAAAAUCCUUUGUAACGUGUUAGAAUCGAGAUGAUAUAUCUCAUUUUGCAUUUUUAUCUCGAAUAAAAUCAUUGUUUGGAGUUCAGAUGCGUAUAAUUAUAUUAAUCUCGUGAUAUGAUAUAGAUCUAUUCGCAUCUGAACUCCAGUGGUUUCAUUCAAUGACAAAUCACAAAAUGAGAUGUAUUUUUUCUUAAUUAAAAUAAAUGCAAUGAAUGAUGUUUUGUAUUUCACAAGUUACACCCCUACAUCAAUCAAGGGAUGCUAGACCAAGCUAAUGUUUCUGUUAUUGCCUAUUUCGUUGAAAAUUCGGAUGUCCCGCAUGUCGUGAAAUUCAGUGUUUCGUAACCUGAGUUUGUUACAGCAUUAAAUUGUAACGGCUUAUUGUGAGAGAUUUGUAUGAUUACAACCCUCUUAUUUGAAGCAAACUCUUGCAAAUCUGAAUACGUUCAGUUCGGUGUAGGUUUGGGGAUGGGGGAGGGGGCUACUUGGGGAAAUAUCCAGCUAAUAGUAGUAACUGACAUUCUAAAUGGAAUGGUAAAAUCGUCUCUUUGUUUUAAAUAGGGACAUAUAAAUGUAACAUAAGUGCUGAUGUAUGAACAAUCAGGCCGCUUAAGCUAUGAAAUAAACAUAGAAACUAUACUGUUUUAUUUAUAAUUAUUUCGUGAAAGAACACUCCAGAUCAGUUUAAAACAUAUUUUUUCUUUACGUAUCUGAGGACAUCUUGACAUAGAGGUCAAUGCUUGUGGUUUAAUAUAUCACAUGCUAAAUGUGAGUCAUAUUGGAAAUCCCUUCUUUCGACUUUAGAUUAACUGGUUAUUUUAAUGCCCCCGAAGGGAGUCGUAUAGUUUUCAACUGUCCGUCCGUUCGUUCGUCACAACGUUAACUUUUUGCAUGAAGGCAUUUUACUCGCGGACCACUGCACCCAGGACCUUUAAACUUCACGUGCUGAUAGUACUAAUUGAGUGCACGACCCCUACUGACUUUGGGGUCAGCACGUUAAAGGUCAAGGUCACAGGGGCCAAUGUUAACUUUUUGCAUGAAGGCAUUUUACUCCCGAACCACUGCACCCAGGACCUUCAGACUUCACGUGCUUAUAGUACUUAUUGAGUACACGACCCCUACUGACUUUGGGGUCACCAGAUCAAAGAUCAAGGCGCUGCGGGGGCAUUUGUCACCAUUAGUAAAAGCUUUUGUUUAUUUUGAAAGUGUAAAACUAUAUGGGCAGAUUAAAAGGAAAUUAUAUAAUUGGGUCUACAAUUUAAGUUUGAUUAUUGAACGGGCACUGAUUGUAGAAUGUGCAGUUUUAAACAUGCUGAAAUUGUAACGAUAUGAGCCGUGCCAUGAGGAAACCAACAUAGUGGCUUUGCGACCAGCAUGGAUCCAGACCUGCCUGCGCAUCCGCGCAGUCUGGUCAGGAUCCAUGCUGUUCGCUUUCAAAGCAUAUUGCAGUUAGAGAAACCAUUAGCGAACAGCAUGGAUCCUGACCAGACUGCGCGGAUGCGCAGGCUGGUCUGGAUCCAUACUGCUCGCAAAGACACUAUGUUGGUUUUCUCAUGGCGCGGCUCAUAACAUAGUAUAUACUCUCCGCCUACACUCAGUUCGUUUCUAAAGUGCUAAAUGACUAAGCGGCUUAAUUUGGCAGGGGGCGGAGGAGGGUGAGGACAGUCUAGAUCCCAAGUGUUUGUGGAGAUAUCAGAACAUUUUAGUAAUUUGAACCUCUAAACCGUUGAUGGACCACAAACGUACCCGUAGCUGUUCUUAGUCAUGUCUUAAAAUAGGGUUAACAGAUAUUAUGACUAUAGAUCGUCAAAUAUGCAUGCGUUUUCAGUAGAAUAUUUGAUAUAGGGACACCCGCAAAAUGUAUCGCUUAUUUUGAAAAAGAGUAUGUAAAUUAUUUUCAAACCAUCAGUGAACAAACACACGAGCUUUAAAUGUAUAUAUAUUCAAUACCCAUAUGUUAUUAAAAUAUUUUAUCUUUACUGUAGAAAAACCUCAUCAAACGUAUUUAACCUGUACUAACUAUAUGACAUUAGUUGUUUAUGGAGGACUGUAUUCAUAAUUAAAUGUCAUACAGUAGCAGAUUUUUGGUAAAAAGUAAAUCUUCAUGUUUUAGUGGGAGUGCACAUUUAUACUGCGCUCGGCUAUACAGGUAUCACACUCGGUGGACGGACAUUUUGGGCAAGUACGUUUUGGCGUAGGAUGUUUUGGCCAGGCAGAUUUCUGGAUAGGAUGUUUUCACCAAAAAUAAAUUGUGGUUCCAGAAUAUGCAAAAUAUGGUAUGGAGAUUAUACUAAAGAAUGUUAUAGUAUAACUGAACAAAUUAAAAUGAUAAUAAACCAACUCAUGUUAUUUUAAUUUUAUUUUUUAAAAUCUUUUUUUUUACAUGUAUAUAUACUUUUGUUAUCAUGAAAAAAAUGCUAAAUAAUUUAUUUGAAUUCAAUGUUUUUAUAAUGGUUGCAACGAACUAAUUAAUAAUUGCAAUUUCCUUCUCCAGUUUUCUGUAAUUAUUUGUUAAAUUAUUUUUCUUAAAAUGAUGUCUAACAACCCCAAUAAUCAAUUAUACUAUAACAUAUUAAUAUCCAGACCAUAUUUUGCAUGCUAUGGAAAUAAAAUGAUAAUUUUGGCCUAAACAUCCUACCCCAAAUAUUUGCCUGGCCAAAACAUUCUAGGCCAAAAAUCCUAGGCAAAAACGUACAGGCCAAAACAUCCGCUGGCCAAAACGUCAUACAUUCCUCACAGAAUAAUCAUUCCUGCUUCCAACCAAAUCACGUGACGGUGGUAAAACCAUGUGAUCUGAAAUUGGCUCUUAGCAACGCCUGGUCAAUCUAAAUAACUUUUACGAACAAAAUGGAAGUAUUCGGGGUAUUCAAGUGAUUCGUCAAAUUCUAUGACUAAUGCUCAAAAUACUGUCAAAUAAUUCGAUUGUUAACAUUUUAGCAGGUUACGUCGCAACAUCAUAAAAGAAGUACUUUAGUAUCAGUAGUUUACUUAUUACAUUUUUUUUUUGCUCGCAUUACACGCAAAAUAUAUAAUAUCUAAUUACAGAGAUUUAAAGUUUGUACAAAUAUAACUCGGCUGAAAUUCAGCCCAAUUUAUGUUACUAGUUCUAAUUAACACUGUGUUAGAGGGUGUACUAUCUUAAACCCAAUGCAUUGUAUAUUUACAUUAUACAAUAUAUAUAACAAUAAUGUUAACAUGAAAUUUUGGUCUAGUAUACCUUUAAAUGGAACCUUAAAGUUUCCUUGAAGAAUGUUUAAGUGAUCACGUGACAAAAAGGUAGAAAUUGGCUGUUGAAAUCACUGCAAGAGCGUUUCAAAAUUUUCUUGACUAGGCAACAUAUAAUUAAAGGCAAAGAAAGUCUCCUAUGUAAGUGAACUCUCCCCUCCCCCACUUCCCUUAAUGCCAGACAUCAUAAUCCCCAAUAAACAGGAUUCUGUCUAGUCCAGUCUGAUAAGGGUCCAUAACACCCCAGUAGACUUGACAUGUAGUCCAUGUCAGAGGAUCAUAAAUUUUAUUGAUAUGUACAGAUAAUUGGUUAUUUUCUGUGUUUUUCAUUUUAAUGAUUGAAAUGCAGCUUAUUCUCAGAAUAUUGUAUACACAAAGUUAUCUUAGUUGAUUGUCCUGACCAAUUCAAUUAACUCUUACAGCAAAGCAAUUCUCACCAUUUAUAAGAAAACUCUCACCUUUUUUUAAAUAAAAAAUAAAAUACAAUGUGUACAUGUAAUGAUUGAAAACUAUAUGAGAAAAGUAUUUUUUUAUUCAUUUAUGAUGAUAUUUUUUAUAAGUAAAAUAAAUAAAACCAGAAAAAAUAACUAUUGCAACUGAAAGGUGCCUGAAUGCAUUUUCUUUUAUCUUUAAUAAAAAAUCAAGCAAUAAUUAGAUAUUAUUGUAAAAAAAAAACUUUAUUUAUUAAAAAGAUACGCUGUUGUAUCUGAUCACUUUGUUUGUUUAGCCCUAAUUUAAUCAGGCUUUCUAAAUUCGUUAAAAAUGUGAGAACUGGUUUGCUAUAAACUUUAAGGUGAAAAUGAUCACCUGCAAUGUAUAUACUGCACAGUAGCUAUACAGUAGCUUAUUAUGAUAAACAGAAGCAAGUCUAUCAAUGGUCCAGUCUUUUAUAUGACCCUUAUCGCCAAUACGCAGACCUUAUCAUCCCCACAGGCCACAUACCUGACAUACCAGAAUCAGUGUCUUUAACAUAAAAAAUUAUGUUUAAAACAUUUCUGCUAAUUUUUUACUUACAUACUACUUUGUAUUCAAUUUAAUACUUUUGAUAAAAAAUUUAUUUUUGUAUACGGUUCAUAAUUCCUUUUUGUUAGGAUUAGAUUGUUUUCACGUUGUUUUUGUUAUAGUGAAAGACAUGUAUACAUAUAGAAAUAAAUACUUGAUAUCGUCA